AUGUGUAUGUUGGAUAUAUUCACAUUGAAAAUUAUUGAAUGUUUAUUAAAACGACUCGGUCUUACACUUUGGGCUGAUCGACCAGUAAAACAAUAUUCUGGUGGUAAUAAACGUAAAUUAUCAACAGCUAUUUCACUUAUAGGUAAUCCAUCAAUUAUAUUUAUGGAUGAACCAACAACUGGAAUGGAUGCACGUGCGAAAAGAUUUCUAUGGAAUUGUAUAUUAACAUUAACUCGUAAAGAUCAUAAAUCAGUUGUAAUAACAUCUCAUUCAAUGGAAGAAUGUGAAACAUUAUGCAAUCGUCUUGUUAUUAUGGUUAGUGGAGAAUUCAAAUGUCUUGGUAGUGUACAACAUUUAAAAUCAAAAUUUGGCCAUGGUUAUAGUAUACUUGUUCGAUCAGAUAUUAAUAGUGAUACGAAACAUGUUAUUAAUUAUAUAAAAGAACGAAUAACAGAAGCUGAUGUUAAAGAAGAACAUAAUAAAAUGAUAAAUUUUCGUGUAUCAACGAAUGUUCCAUUGUAUAAACUGUUUAGCGUUUUAGAAAAAGCACGAGAAGAAUUAGGAAAUAUAAUUGAAAAUUAUACUGUUACACAAGUAACACUUGAUGAUGUAUUUGUUAAUUUUGCUAAACUACAGGAAGAAAAUCAAUCAUCAGAAAACAUUUGUGUUAAUAAUGAAGACAACUGUUUAAAAAGGAAUUUUUUAUAUAAAUUAUUUUAUAGAAAAGAUAAAAGUAUGAUCGGUAAGUUAAAUACAUAA